AUGUUCUAUUUGCCCAAUAUCGUCGACAUAUCGGCCGCCUUUGGCAACCUCACAACGGUGUCGACGUACCAUCCUCUGCCGCUUCAACAUCAUGAUGUAACCACGGCUUCGUCUCUGUCGUGCUGUCGGCAGGCCCAGCGGACUCCGGCCGAGACGGCGGUGAGCGCGGUAGUGUACUGGACCCUUCCAAUAUCCGCGCUCCGGCAGGCAAGCGGGCAGCCAUUUCGUCCCGACGCUGGGGCCAUCUCAAAGUUCGUCCCCAGCCCAGACCGACUUUGCUAUUACGACGGCUCAAUUACUAUUACGACGGCCUACAAGCUGAAUGUACACUAUCCUCGCCGCGCCAUGCAAGCCACGCCAGCCACGCCAAGUUUGCAGUCACCAACAUCGCAGCGCACGACCUUGAUGCUCGCACCCAUACCUCACACGCAGGGCGAGCCCCGCGCGCAGUAA